AUGUCAAACCAAUCACUACCUAUAUACGAUAAAAAAAAGAAAUUAAUAUUUCCCCUAUUUAGGAAAUUGAAGAGUUUUUGAUCGUGAAGUGAAUUUGAAGUUGAUAAAUUUGAGAAAUUUUUAUAUAAGAAUUUAAAUGCAAAGAUUUUUGAAUUUCUUUAUUUUUUUUUUAUUUCAAAGCAUAGUAAAUAAUCUUUUAAAUAUGAUUUCUUCCCUUUUAUUUAUGAUUUUCCCAGCAUAACAUAUGAAAGAAUCAAAAAUAAUCUCUUUAUCUUAGUCAUUUUAAGAACCUUUAGCAAUUGUACAUUGUUUGUUUCCAUGCGUAAUUUUUUUAAUUAAAAUUAAUGAAUUCAUAUGAGCAAUAAAAAAAAGGAAAAAAAAUAACAUGGUUCAUCUUUGUCUUUGUAUAUAAAUACUGGUGAUCAAUGGUUUGUUUUGUAGUAUAUUUUAUAAUUAUCCUCAUUUCUUCAGUUAGUUAAGAUCUGCUUCAAAGCUUUUGUUUUUUUUCUAUUUAUCAUUAUUCGGUCAAUUUUCAUUAUUUUUUUUGGUUAACUUUCAAGUUCACUCACUUUGUUAACUGGGUUUCUAUUAUUUGUUGUUUUAAUUAAUGGGUUAAUGUUCAAUUUUUAGUUUAAAAGAGUUAUUUUGUUUUACAUUGAAAUUUUAGAAAAAAAAAAGUUCGUUUUUUUUUUCUUGGUCAUUUCAUAAAAUGGGGUGUUUUUCAUAUUUAUUUUCGAAGAAAAAGAUUUUCAAGAUUGAAGAUACUGACAGGGCAAGAUCUGCUUCAUGUACUUCAGUGAAUAACAAGGGAAAUAGUGUUUUGCAUGAAAAUGAAAAUUGUAAUGGGAAUUUAGGGGUUGCUAGAGUAAGUGAUCAAACAAUUAGGUCGAAAAGUCCAGCGAAAAGCUUCACAUACCGUGAACUUUGUAUUGCAACUGGAAUGUUUAAUUUUGUUAAUAAGAUUGGUGAAGGUGGUUUUGGGAAAGUUUUCAGGGGAAAAUUGGAGACUGAGGAGAUUGUUGCUAUCAAACAAUUGAAUCAUGAAGGAGUUCAAGGCAGUCAGGAAUUUAUUAUCGAAAUUCUCAUGCUUAGCCUUCUUCACCACCCGAAUCUUAUGAGCUUAAAAGGCUAUUGCACUGAUGGUGAUGAAAAACUCUUAGUUUAUGAGUAUAUGCCUAAGGGUAGCUUGGAAGAUCAUCUAUUCAACUUGGGCCCAGGGAAGGUUCCGUUGGACUGGAACACACGCAUGAGGAUUGCCGUUGAUACUGCCAGGGGUAUGGAGUAUCUCCAUGUUAAAGCCAACCCGCCUGUUAUCUUUCGCGAUUUGAAACCCGCGAAUAUAUUACUGGACAAUGAAUUCCAUGCCAGGCUCUCAGACUUUGGGCUCGCUAAGUUGGGACCUGUUGGUGACAGGACCCAUGUCUCUACCCGUGUGAUGGGAACUUACGGCUAUUGUGCACCCGAAUAUGCCAUGAGUGGUAAACUGACCCUGAAAUCCGACAUAUAUAGCUUGGGUGUUGUCUUAUUGGAAAUUCUCAGUGGACGCAAGUCUAUUGAUCCAAAUAGGAGUCGCGCAGAGCAGAAUCUAAUUAAUUGGGCACGCCCUUGCUUCAAGGAUAAAACACGAUAUAUUCAGCUGGUUGAUCCGGCAUUGCAUGGCCGUUAUCCCUGGCGCUGUUUCCAACAUUUUGUCGCAAUUGUAGCCAUAUGUCUUCAGGAAGUACCUGCUCACCGACCCCUCAUCAGCGAUGUCGUUGUGGCCUUAGAAUACUUGGCUUCACAACCUUACUAUCCUGAAUCUUCAGGUUCAAGAAACCAAUCCAAGCCUUCAUCUUCACACCAAGAUUAUAGCAGAUACUAGAACAAAAAGUCAUACUAAUGAAUUUAACAUAAAUGUACAAAGUCGUGUGAUUGAGGUUAUAUUACAUAUCGAAUAAGGUGGUAGAAACGUUUCAGGAGAUUAUCGGUUUUGUAUAAAAGGCGUGUUCGUGUAUAUUGGAUUGUUAUGAAUUAUGAUUUGUUCUUGGGGAUACAAUUGUUUCAUUGUUGUGGGAUAUCUUAUACAUGUAUUCAGAUGUUUGUUAUAGCCUUAUAGAGAUAUAAUUUAUAUGUCAUAUAAUCAUAUGGUAAGUUUUAAAUUAGGAUGAGAAAGAGGUUUGCACAUUGUGUUGUAAGAAUUCUUGAAAUUUUUUUAUGAGGUGACGAACUUAUUAUCAAAA